GGACAGACGGAGCGUGCGCAGGGCCGGAUGCCCCGGGGGGCGCGCACGCUGGGAGCCCGGGCCUCCGUGUGACGGACAGACGGAGCCGCCACCAUCACCAAGCAGCGGAGCCCCAGCUUGCUUCGGAGCUGAAUGGAUUGGGCUUUGAAGAGAAAUGACUGACCAAGAGAACAACAAUAACAUAUCUAGCAACCCCUUUGCAGCUCUCUUCAGUUCUGUGGCUGAUGCCAAACAGUUUGCCUCUGUCCAGAAACAGCAGCUUCCUACAGGGCCACCAGAAUGUCCAUUAUCUAGAGAAGAUGUUUAUGACAGUGAAGAUUCAGACGUCAGUAGUUUGGAGAGCAUUGACAAUGAUUCGAUUACAGACCUCAGCCGUGCAUUUCGCUCUCAGAAGGAAAUAUGUGAACAACUCAAUAUUAAUCACAUGCUUCAGCGCAUCUUUCUUCUUACACUUGACAACAGUGACCCCAGUCUGAAGGGAGGCAAUGGGAUCCCACCACGCUGUGUCUAUUUGGAGGAUAUGGCAACUGACCUGGAUGGGCAAGAUUGGCUUGACAUGAACAAUGUUGAACAGGCUUUGUUCACUCGCAUGCUGCUUCCAGAACCAGGGACUCGCUUGAUCUGCAUGACAUCAGGGAAUGUUAUUAAUAUGUCAGCUGAUCGAGAUGCUGGAGAGAAGGAUGUUGUUAAGUACCUGUUUGCUUGUUUUCAAAGAGCAAAAGGAGAGAUUACAAAGGUCCCAGAAAACCUAUUGACUUAUGCUAUUCGUUGUAAGGCUCUGACUGUGUCCAACACGCGCACUGUCCUCCUCACACCUGAGAUCUAUGUCAAUCAGAAUGUCUAUGAACAAGUCGUUGAUUUGUUACUUGAAGGAGUAAGUGGACCACACUUUGAAGAUGUUACAGAAUUUAUGGAUGAUGUGAUAGCUACCUUGAAGGCAGAUGAAGAGGUGCGAACAUUCAAUGAAGUGAUGUUUCCAGUAUUGGACAUCUUAUUGCGGCGCAUCAAGGAAUUGGACCUUUGCCACAUAAUGCUGUAUAGUUACUUGGAGAUCCUCCUUUAUGUUACCCGACAGCCUGAACUGGCACAAGUUUUCUUAAAGCAUAUUGAGCCAAAGGAUCCAAAGAAUGGUAACCUAUAUCAGCAGACCCUGCUGGGGACUGUCUUAAACAUGUCUUGUUUGCUAAAAACUCCAGGACUGGUGGAGAAUCACUUGUACUUUUUGAAUCCUUCGAGAUCUAGUCCUCAGGAGAUUAAAGUUCAAGAAUCAAACAUUCACCAGUUCAUGGCACAAUUGCAUGACAAAGUUCAUCUGAUACUACGGAACCUCAUCCAACUUUCCUCAGAUACCAAACAUUGCAUCCUUUCCUGGCUCGGAAACUGCCUCCAUGCCAACUCGGGACGGACAAAAAUCUGGGCUAACCAGAUGCCUGAGCUCUUCUUCCAAAUGUAUGCAUCAGAUGCCUUCUUCCUGAACCUUGCUGCUGCUUUGCUAAAACUCUGUCAACCCUUCUGCAAACCAAAGUCUCCUAAACUACUGACCUUCAAUCCUACAUAUUGUAGUUUGAAAGACCUGAAUGAAGAGGAACGGAAAAGCAGAAAUGUUCAUAUCAAAGGUUUGGACAAGGAGACCUGUUUGAUCCCGAUACCUCAGGGACUGGAACCGUCUUUUGCUCAAACAUACAACUUGGUCACAGAGAAUUUAAUCCUGACUCAGUUUGCCUUACACCUAGGUUUUCACAGGCUACACGAUCAAAUGAUAAAGAUGAACCAAAGUCUACACCGACUGCAAGUUGCAUGGAGAGAGGCACAGCAGUCUUCCAGUCCAGCUACAGAAAACCUACGUGAGCAAUUUGAACGGCUGAUGACGGUUUAUUUAUCGACCAAAGCAGCUGCCACAGAGCCACAGAUGCUCCAGAACUGUAUGAAUUUGCAGAUUUCCACCACAACAAUACUGGUGCAGUUUGCACUGGGCAAUCGAGGAACAGACUACAUGGAGGUGACCUUCCCACUUCUGGACUUGGAAUACUGCAUGCUUUCUCAUGUCCCAGAGUUCUUUGCUGACAAUCUUGGAGAUUUUUUCAUCUUCCUACGGAGAUUUGCAGAUGACAUUCUGGAAACUGCAGGCAAUUCCCUAGAGCAACCUCUACACUUUGUCACUGUGUUCAUGGGUAACGUAGAGAGGAUGAAGAACCCUCACUUGCGAGCGAAGCUGGCUGAGGUCCUUGAGGCUGUGAUGCCUCACAUGGAGCAGGUGCAGAACCCAAUGAUCAGCAGCAUGUUCCACCGGCAACGGGUCUUCAGCUCAUACCAGCACGCACACUAUCUCGCUGAAGCACUUAUCAAAGUGUUUGUGGACAUUGAAUUUACAGGUGACCCACAUCAGUUUGAACAGAAGUUUAACUACAGGCGGCCCAUGUAUCCUAUCCUAAAAUAUAUGUGGGGAUAUGAUCACUACAGGCAAAGCAUCAAGAGUUUAGCUGACUAUGCAUUUGACAAUUUGGAAGCAAUGAACCCUCCUCUUUUCCUCCGAUUUCUGAAUUUGCUCAUCAAUGAUGCCAUCUUUCUGUUGGAUGAAGCUAUCCAGUAUUUAAGCAAGAUUAAAAUCCAGCAGAUUGAGAAGGAUAGAGGAGAAUGGGAUAACUUGCCCACCGAAGCUCGGAGGGAAAAGGAGGGCAACCUUCAAAUGUUUGGGCAGCUGGCUCGCUUCCAUAACAUUAUGUCUAAUGAAACGAUCGGCACUUUGGCAUUCCUUACUUCAGAAAUUAAAGCUUUGUGUGUGCAUCCCAUUCUUGCUGAGCGGAUCAUCUCAAUGCUGAACUACUUUCUCCAGCAUUUAGUUGGACCUAAAAUGGGGGCCCUUAAGGUGAAGGAUUUCAGUGAGUUUGACUUCAAGCCACAACAGUUGGUGUCUGACAUUUGCACCAUCUAUUUGAACUUGGGAGUGAAAGAGAGUUUCUGUGCCACUGUACCAAAGGAUGGGCGUUCCUAUUCCCCAAUGUUGUUUGCACAGACUGUGAGGGUGCUGAAGAAGAUCAACAAACCAGGCAACAUGAUCAUGGCUUUCAGUGAACUGGCUGAUAAAGUAAAGUCUUUUGCAGACCUGCAACAGCAGGAAGAGGAAACAUUCGUUGAUGCACCAGAUGAAUUCCUGGAUCCAAUAAUGAGCACAGUGAUGACUGACCCAGUUAUACUGCCCUCCUCCCGGGUAACAGUUGACCGGUCAACCAUAGCUAGGCAUCUCCUCAGUGACCAGACCGACCCAUUCAAUCGUAGUCCACUCACAAUGGAUCAGAUCAAAGCAAACUCAGAAAUGCGAGAGAAAAUUCAGCAGUGGUUGGCAGAAAGGAAACGACAGAAGGAUCAAAACGGGCAGAUCUACGAGUGAAAA